GUCAAAUUGAUAUUCUUCGUAAAAGUGUGUUGGAACUUUUUCCGAAAGAAAAUAAGUGCAGUACGAAUCGUUCUAUGGUAAAAAGAGUAAUCAAGAAACACCAGAAUAUUAUCACUUUUUCAGAACAUAUUGAAGAUCUGUACUCGUAUAUCUCAAUGGUGCUUCUCAUAUCGGAUACUUUGCUUAUCUGCUGCUUGGGUUUUACAAUGGUCACGUCGAUUGGGCGACCCAAUGCUUCAGAAAGUAUAAUCAGGAAUUUCUUAUUUUACCUCGCUGUGAAUAUAGAGGUAUUUAUAUUCUGUUUUGCUGGAGAAUACUUGAGCGCUAAGAGCAAGAGCAUUGGAGAUGCUGCAUACGAUUCUCUUUGGUACGAAUCAGAUUCCAGAGAUAGUCGAAAUAUAUUGCUCUUAAUAUUGAGGUCGCAAAAUCAAUUAACCAUUACAAUUGGAAAAAUAAUGAAUUUAUCUCUAGAACAAUUUACCAAUAUUAUAAAAACUUCGGCUUCUUACUUAUCGAUUCUACUUGCGAUGUAUUAAAACGAAACUGUAUCUAUUUACAUCGACAUUUUAAUGAGAAUUAACAGCUGGUUUAGUUGCAACAAAAUUUGCAUAUGAUUUAAAGUAAAAACGUUGCUGCAUUACUUUUCGUUCCUUUUUAUGCCGGCGAUGAACUAAAUAUUAAGAUUAAUCUCUAUAAUAUUAUGAUUGUAUAAUAUUAUCCUGAUAGGGUUUAGCAGAGUAGCAUGAGGUAAUAAUAGUAUAAUAGUUAUUA